AUGGCGUUGUCCCAGGGAGACGAGAAGCCUGCUGAAGCAAGAGACAUUAUUGAAGAUGUAGAACUUUCAGGGGCUCAAGGAAAUGAGAGUGACGAAAAAUCGUCUUGCUCGUCCCAUGAGCGUAGGGCUGAGAUUGAAAGAAUAAACCUAGGGAAUGCAAAGCUCCAGGGAGUAGUAGAAGAAGCGUUGGAUGGAAACGAUUCAAACUUCUCCUGGGCUGCUAGCAUCUUCUACUUUGGAUACAUUAUAUUCGCCAUUCCUCUCACCCUCUGGGGUAAACGGUUUCAUCCCUCGAGAUUUAUAUUCGUCUCAGUUAUUGGAUGGGGCAUAGCUGCUACAGCCGGAGCUGGGGCAUUCAAUUUUGCUGGCCUUGCUACAUCUCGGUUCUUCAUUGGUUUUUUCGAGGCCGCUUUUGCUCCCACGGCAGUGUUCCAUCUGACCUUGUGGUACACACGCAGCGAACUUGCAUUUAGAACAUGCCUGUUCGUUGGAAUGUCGGCUUUCUCAGGCGCAUUUGGCGGACUGGUGGCAUAUGGAAUAUCGCUUAUCCACACUACCAUCGGCCAUUGGCGGGUUCUUUUCCUGGUUGAAGGCCUUCCAACAGUUGCUUUCGCAUUUGUGAUUCUGUUCUUUUUGCCCGAUAGACCAGAGACCUCAAAGUUCUUCAAAAAUGAAGAGGAGAGGCAAAUUGCGAUCCGCCGAAUGAAUCAAGGACAACGGAGUGAGGGCCAUAAUUCUCUUGUCAUGAGACAUGUUAUCGCCGCACUUAAGGACUGGAAGAUAUACGCCAUUUGCCUUGUCAAAAUGGGACAUGACGCAUCUUUGGCAACGAUCUCAAUCUUCCUACCAACUAUCCUUCACACCCUUGGAUAUUCAAAAACCGCAGCGCAGUAUAUGACUAUUGGCCCGUACAUGGCCGGCUGGGUGGUCAUGGUUAGCUUCAGCCUCCUAUCAGACAGGCUACGAGCAAGAGGCCCAUUCAUCAUCGGAGGAACUGCUUUGGCCAUCAUUGGAGUGUCCUUGAUGUAUACGUUCCCAGCCAAAGAAAACCCCAAAGCUGCCCUUGGCGGUGUAUUCCUACUUGUCACUGGCAUUUUUCCAUGCAUACCGCUGGAAGUGCAAUGGGUGUCAGACAACGCUGGUGCAGAAUCAAAGAAAGCAAUGGCACUAUGCAUGAUUGUGAUUGCGGGACAUUGCCUAAGCAUCCUCGCUAGCAAAAGUUUUCCCGAGCAUGAAGGCCCCAUGUACAUACGAGGGUAUGCCAUUGUCCUCUCGUUUUUGUGUCUGAGCUUCGUGACGUCUGUUAUCUUAUACAUUCGGCAUCGGAUUGUUAACGCCCGGAGAAACAAGGAAUACGGCAAGCCAAAUCCUCUAGAUGAAGUGGACACUUCCCUUCUAGCCGAUCAGGCCCCUAUGUUUAGGUACAUCCCAUAG